GCAGUUUAUUUCACGUUUGCAAGUUUGACGCAUCAUCAACAUGGCCAGCUCAAAAUUUUGCAAAAGUUUAGUGUACUUAUACAUUUUUACUUAUAUUCUACAAUUAGGCUCGCUAUUAGCAGAAUCAAAAGAAGCGGAAGAGUCAGAGGAGUUGCUUGUCUUCACAGUUGCCACAGCAGAGACUGAUGGCUUCAAGAGGUUUAUCAGGUCAACCAAGAAAUAUGGUCUCAGUGUCAAGACCCUUGGUCUGGGAGAGGAGUGGAAGGGAGGAGAUAUGGAGAUGGGAACUGGAGGUGGUCACAAGAUCAUACUAUUGAAGGAGGCCAUGGAGCAGUAUAAAGACAGGGAGGACCUUAUUGUCAUGUUCACUGACAGCUAUGAUCUUGUGUUCACAAGUGGUGAAAAAGAUAUCCUGGCAGCAUUCGAAAAGAUGAACUCCAAAGUUGUGUUCUCUGCAGAAGGGUUUUGCUGGCCUGAUAGAGAUCUAAUGGAUGAUUAUCCACUUGUAAAGAUGACUGAGAAGAGGUACUUGAACUCUGGAGGAUUCAUGGGUUAUGCCCCACAAAUAUACUCUAUAUUGACCAGUUCAGCUGUCGGAUUUGAGGAUGAUGACCAACUCUUCUACACCAAGAUUUUCCUCAAUAAAGAUCUUAGGAAACAGCUAUCAAUCAAGUUGGACACCAAGAAUGAAAUCUUCCAAAAUCUACAUGGUGCAUUAGAUGAGGUCAAACUGAAGUUUAAGGGAGGAAGCAGCUUUCUGUACAACACAUAUUCUGGGAGCACACCUAUGGUAGUUCAUGGAAAUGGCCCCAUCAAGCCUGAAUUCAAUGCUUUAAACAACUACCUGGUAGACCACUGGACACCAAUCAAUGGCUGUCAAGGUUGUAAAGAAGACACCAUCUCCAUCAAUGGACUCAAGGAAGAAGAUCAUCCCAAGGUUCUCCUUAGUAUCUUUAUUGAAAGACCAACACCUUUCAUUAAGGAGUUCUUUGAGAAGGUAGCAGCUCUGAAAUACCCCAAGAGCAGAAUUGACAUCUUUCUACACUAUGCUGAUACUUACCAUACUGAAGAUGUGAAUAAGUUCCUCCUAGAACACCAGAAUGAUUAUGCCUCCGUCACUCAAUAUACACCCGAGAGUAAAAUUAACCAAUGGAAAGCCAAAAAUAUGGCCAUUGAUGAGUGCAUCAAUAUCAACUGCCAGUACUUCUUCAUGCUGGACAGUGAGGCUCACUUAGACAAUGCCAAUGUACUGACAACAUUGAUAGAACAGAACAGAUCAGUUAUUGCCCCAUUGAUCAUGCGUCCUGGCAAGCUCUGGUCCAAUUUCUGGGGUGCUAUAGGGAGAGAUGGUUUCUAUAAACGUUCUGAUGACUACAUGGAAAUUAUUGAAUACAGAAAAAAAGGAAUCUGGAAUGUUCCAUACAUGGCCAAUGUUAUCUUAGUGCAUGGUCACAGACUGGAGGAACUUAGGGGAGCUUUUCUCAAUGGAGACCUGGACCCUGAUAUGGCCUUCUGCAAAACACUUAGAGAUAAGGGUGUGUUCAUGUAUGUGAUGAACAAAGCUGACGACUAUGGUCACCUGAUCAACAGUGACAAUGUUGAUCCAACGCACGUCCAUGAAGAGAUGUACCAGAUGUUUGACAACAGACAGGAUUGGGAGAGAAAAUACAUCCACCCAGAUUACUACAAGCACCUGAAUGAGCUAGAGUUGACACAACCCUGCCCUGAUGUCUACUGGUACCCUGUUGUGACCCCUGAGUACUGUGAACACCUUAUUGAGAUCAUGGAGACGCAUGACGGCGGAAAAGGGUGGUCUGGGGGCAAAAAUGAGGACGCGAGACUAGCAGGUGGCUAUGAGAAUGUCCCCACUGUUGACAUCCAUAUGAACCAGGUUGGCCUUGAACCCCACUGGCUGACUUUCUUGAAGGACUACAUAGCACCAGUCAGUCUGAAGGCGUUCCCAGGCUUUUACACAAGGUCAAAUGCCAUUAUGAACUUUGUGGUUCGCUACAAGCCAGAUGAACAACCACUCCUUCGGCCACAUCAUGACUCCUCCACAUUUACCAUCAACUUAGCUUUGAAUCGUGUAGGCGUUGAUUAUGAGGGUGGAGGCUGCAGAUUUUUACGCUACAAUUGCAGCAUAACUUCACCACAUCGAGGUUGGGCCCUCAUGCACCCUGGUCGUCUCACUCACUAUCAUGAGGGACUUAGAACAACCAGUGGAGUUCGAUAUAUCAUGGUCUCCUUUGUAGACCCAUAAGUCAACAGCAUCCCUUCACACGAAUCUUUUCAACCUUGGGUCACAGUAUAGACUUUAUUGUAAGGAUCUCACAAUUUCAAAAUGUUCAGUCUUAACACACUCUAUUUAGCCUGCGUGCUAGAUUGCAUUGUCUUAAUUAGCAUAAUGUUGACUGUAGACUAAAUUAAAAUCAAACCCCUGUCUCGCCCCCUCCAUGUUCUCUAAUGGGGGAAAUAUAUAUUAUGGGGGGAGGCAGAGGCUCGAUUUCGACAAAAUUUGCAAAAUAAUGGUUGUGUAUUAUCUAUAUUAAAGUGAUUUAAAAAUGCAAGGUUGAAUCGAUACUUCGUGGGAUCAGUUAAUUUACAUAAAUGUAUUUUAUAUAUAGACACUGCUGAUAUUUCUCAAAGAUGCUUGCUCAUUUGUUGUUGCGUAGUGGCGGUUGCAAAGAAACUAUACAAUCAUGUACAUAUGUUAGGGGCGGGUGUACUUAAUUUAACCACAUGUUCUAAAUGUAAAACAUUACUUAAUAUGAUUGUAUACUAUAUCAAUUUUGGUCUUAUGUUGGGUAUCAAGAUUUAUAAAUAUACCUGGCACAUUUAGUAAAUAAGCAUUUUCUCUCUGAUUAAAGGCAAUGCAAUAUUUUUUUCAUCUUUCUUUUCUUGAAGGACUGUUUUUCACUUAAAAUUUGAUUGAUGUGAAAUACAUUGAAAACCCUUAAACCUGCAAUUUAACUUUUCAAUUUUUUUCAAGUGGUUUGAAUCGGUAUAUAUCAUUUUUUUUGCAGGGUGAAUGUACAUUGUAAAGUGCAAAAUAAUAUGUGCAUAUAGGCAUUUAGUCUAACACAUUUGGGAUAUUGCAUUUAAUAUUAAAUUCAUAUUUGCAGAAAUAUUACUUUCAAGUUGA